AGGCUAAAUAGCCAAAAACUACAUAAUUCACCAUUGAAAUGCAAACAAACUAAACCAAAGGUGUAGGACUGGAAUUGGGUUCAAUAUAAAAUGUGAACAUUUGUCGAUUUGGUGAUCGGACAUAUUGGUGUAGAACUAGGAUUAUGCUCCAGUGUUUCGUAUUAUUCUCUGUAUGGCUGCUUGGUCAAGUCAGCACAGCAGCAAACCCCUGUACAGCCAACCCCUGUGGCAAAAACGGGUUCUGCCAAGUCAGGCAGCAGGCCCCAGGCUACGUGUGUGGGUGUCUACCCGGACACACCGGUGUACACUGCAAGGGAGGGGCACCCCAGUGCGCAUUAGGUGGUCUUCGAAAUGUCUGCAAGAACGGCGGCACAUGUUAUAUCCAUGGAACCAAGACGCUCCGAUGCCUUUGCCCCCCUGGUUAUGUCGGCUCAAAGUGCGAGGAAGAACUUUUGGAACUUACCUGCCCUGCUGACAGCUGGGGGUUCAGUAUGGGAAAAGAACCCGUCCAGUUUUCUCAAAGCAACAGCUGUACUGACCUCAUAGCCGCAGUCCCUAAAUGGAACACUAUGGACUAUUACAGAAUAUAUUGCCAGCACUUUACCAAUGCCACCAGCCUCCCAGAGCAAGCGUCACAAGUUAGGAUGUCCAUGUGCUACGAAGUUGACCAGGGUGCCGUUCUCAAGUCAGACUUAUGCUGCAAGAGGACUCUGAAAUCUGAUCCCAACAAUAUAUUUGUACACAAUAUAAAUGGGAGUGACACGGACUUGUGUGGGCGUCAAGAAACACCUUGUAAAACAGUAAAGCACGCCCUGAUACGCGUCCCAAAUGGUGGAACCAUAUACGUUAUGGGCUCCAAAGGAUAUUCUUACAAAGAAUGCAGCGUUUUUGCGAACGCAAUGACAAUCAACAUAUCUGUUGAAAUUGUUGGGAUAAACAAUCCUGUGUUUGAAUGUGUGUUUGAUAUCAUACAUAAGGGAUACUCACUGUUCCAUAUUCAUUCAAACAAUGGACUCCAAAAAGUGACAUUAAAUGGACUGUCAUUCCUGAAAGCAGUAAUAUUGAGCAAAAAUGUCGAUCUAACAGUUCAAAACUGUUAUUUUAUGGAAUCAUCUAUACGAGGGAAGGAUCAUAAGUUUCCACAAAAUCUGCGUUUACUUUCAUCCAAUUUCGAGUCGUCUCACGUACUGAUUGACAAAACUGGACCAAUCGAUUUGAAAUCACAAGACAGUAAAUUUCAUAAUAGUACAUUCACCAUUUUAGCCAUUGAGAAUAUAAAAGCCAGAUUUCUGCGAACAAAUUUUACAAUAAAACCGUUGGUUUUGCACAUGGAAACCAGUCAGUCGCAGAAUAAUGCAUUGAACCUUGAUAUUGAACUAAAUGCAUGCGAAUUCCGAACAGUUGGCACAUCGGGUGCUGAGAAAGAUUCCAAUGGAACUACAGACACACAGGCAGCUCUGCAACUUGAAUACAAAAGUUCUCAAUCACGAUUCUCUUUGACGUCAAAAUUGUUAAUACAGUCAUGUGUAUUUCGUGAUAACUCUAGGGCAAUCGGAUUAGCGGGUUUCCUAAGAGAAGUUGUCAUAAAAGAUACAACUUUUCAUAAUAAUUCAGUUGAGGGGAACGGUGGUGCGAUCGCAUUUAAGAUCGUUAGGCGUGCGUCGCUCAUCAUCACUAAUUGUGAUUUCUCAAUAAACAAAGCCACUGCACAUUCCUCUGCUGUAGUUGGGCAAUCUGGCACCCUCACUGGUAGAGGUGGUGCCAUCUAUGCUAUUGAAUAUGAACCACAUAGCCAAAUGACAACUACUUCAAAAAUAAUUCUAGCCAAUGACAGGUUUGUUGGUAACCAGGCUGAUAGUAAGGGAGGAACUCUUUACUUUGGAGAAGAUAUUGACAGUACUAUCAUGGGAACUCGUAUCAUGGGUGCUUCGAAUGCCACAACGAAAGUGGAAGGUGAACUCUUGUACAUACAAUCCUCGGCCGAAAUAGCAUCAUCACAAAUGUUGACUGUGACUCGACCUCAUCGACAAAUCAGUGUCAUCAGUAUUAGCGGUACCAGUGGAAACUCUUAUUCUGUUGCGGCAAAUGUUCAAUGUCCCAUAGGAUAUAAUUUGACUUAUUCACACGGUACCAUGAAUAUGUCAGAACAAAGUCAAAAUCUCCAGCUGAUAUGUGUAACGUGUGAUUUUGGAUUAGUGUCGCUACAACAAGGUGAAAUGAAUAUAACAUCUUUGUCUUUCGUUGAUGAUAAAGUCACACUGGAAUCUACAUCUAACGCAGAUACUUUUACGUGUAAGUCGUGCCCUAAUGGAGCUAUUUGUGAAGAUGAUGGACAUUUAGUCAAAAUGGCACCGAAUCAUUGGGGGAUAUUGAAGGACGGAACCCUGUCCGUUCAAAGAUGUCCAAUUGGAUAUUGCUGUACCGGUGACACGUGUGGAACAUUCAGUGACUGUGCAGAGAACCGUGGAGGGGUCCUCUGCGGACAGUGCGCAAAUGAUUUCUCCCCAUCGUUCUUUUCAUCCACUUGUGUCGACAACACUACUUGCUCUGCCUGGUGGCUUUGGAUUCUCGCCGUCAUCUGUGGCAUCAUUAUCCUUUCCAUCACCAUCUUUAACCAACAGCUCUUUCACGUUGUUAUGAUCCUCUGGAUGCCUAUCUGGGGUCUCUUCAAAAGAUGCAACUGCUGUUUAAGAUGUCAGUCUGAACACGUUGACCCAAAUGAAAACGAGGAUAAGUUUUCCGAUAACGGUAAAAGCAUGUCCAAUAACAAUCAGGAAAGAAGACCCAAGAAGAAAGGAGUUAGAUUUGAUGCACCUCAGUCUGCCGAGGAUCUUUACAAGGAGAGAAUUCACGAACAUUAUGGGUAUUUAGAUAGCGUCGUUUAUCUACUUCAAACUGCCUUCCUCAUCCACAUUUCCCAUUCAUCUGACAGCGACCAAAUGACUUUGAUAAUAGACGAACUGGGUAAAAUCGCAUACAAUAUCGCCAACUUCAGGUUCCUGUUUGAAUACCCCAAAGAUGUAUGUCUAUUCGAAGGGGCAAACAGAGCUGUUUUAGAAAUUGUCCAUGCAGUGGUGAUCCUCGUUGUGUUUCUUUUUCUAUCGUUUGCUUAUGUGAUUUAUAUGUGUGUAGAGGAUAGUUUAAAUGAACGUCCAAAGGGUGUUGGUGUAUUUGUUGAAUUGGGUUAUGAAGUACAUCCAACUCUUGGAUUUAUUCAUAUCAUCGAGACUGUUUUCAUUCACUGGAUCCCUACAAUUUUCCUACUGCUCAUAUUCCUCACUGCAUUCAUACUGGGAAUCAUUGGCCGCAUACGAGCAUGCAGACAGGCCGAAGUUGAGCGAUCAAUCGAUGGGUCAAGUAUUCAAGAAACACCCUCAAUCAGAGACUAUCCUUCAUUCAACUCUCAAUCAACACUUUACAGGAUGCACGAACCAAUGGGAGGUCAAACAGAGAUAGAAGCAUCUCUGGGAGGUUUUGAUCUUUCACCCAAUCGGGAUCCUGAUAUGCUCGAUUUUGAAAUAGAAUUGUUCAGCCAAGGAGACGAAGACAUUCAACGAGGUGACGCAGGAAUGCAUUCUAUCUCAUUGGGUGGAGUCACUGAAGAUAUGGGACAUUGUUGAAACUGUAGGAAUAGAGAGUUUUUUGAAAAACAAAUGUAAACUCAUUAAAUAAGGAAAUAUUUUACAGUUUAACAUAUAUCUCACGUAUUAGAUCAUUUAUGCAUAUUCAAAAAGCCAGCGUAUUUUAUUAUAACUUUUUAUUGAAUGGAUCUUUAUGUCAGAUUUCCUCUCGCUCUUACGUCACUAUGACUCCUCUAAGAUC